GUGCGAGUUGGGUAGGGAAAGAGCGGAACCGAGUGCGAAGACUCUUCUUCGGACCUUUUUCCCCUUUUCCCCUUCUUCUUCGCCGUGCGCGUUGAUCUUGUUGGAGUCGUUCGUCGGCGGCGUUUUGGGACUCGUUUUCUCUUUCGAUCGGUCAAUUUGGCGGCACCUCGAUCCAGAUGAAGGGGGUUCCUGGGAUCGACCUAUGAUUGCUCCGAUUGGAAGGUUCUCUUUCUCGAAAUUAGCCCUAAUAUAUCGCUCCAGUUGUCUCGAUUUUUCUCUCUCCUUUCUUCAAAAUUGGCGAGCUUCGGAGUGGAAGCGGAUAUAUACCUAGCACAUAUUGUGGAAUUUAGUGGGUUUUCUGGUGCUGCUGUUCCAGAGAUAUGUCUAAUUUUGGUACUUCUCGCUGCAUCUGAAUUCCCACACGCGGCACCGGUGCAGGGUUAGCUUCAGUAGUGAUUGGAGUUGUUGAGGCUUCUUGCCGACUGGUCCGGAGCUAUUGUGGUUAUAAGCUCGGUGAGAUUUGUUUCUCGGAAUCAAUGAACCAGGGUUUCUCCGUUGAAAGUUACUGUUCAUUUGGGUAAUCUUCGAGUUCCUUUGCUUGGGGCUUUUGUGACUGGUAUGUGGGUUUCGCUUGUUUGGAUCCGCGGGUGUGUGGGUGUCAUUUUUUUAGAUUUCUGGGUUAGCUGUGAGGCAAUUUAGUAAUAUCAUUGGCCACUCUGUUCUCCGUUCCUGGGGUCCGAGUGUCGUGGAAUACACUAGCAGUAACUCUAGAACUUAUCUUCAAAUUUCAGUCUUUUAAAUCGCUUUUAAGCUUUUGCCUUGAUGGAGGCCAGGGUUGGGAGUGAGAGCCAUCAGUUUUUUGCUGCUGGGACGUCUAAUCUGAAUGGUAUUGGGAAGAAGAGUUUCGAGUGGGACUUGAAUGACUGGAGGUGGGAUGGUGAGCUCUUUGUUGCGAGCCAAUUGAAUGAAAUUCCUGCAGACUGUCGAAACAAACAUCUGCUCCAAGAUGCAGCAAAACGAUUGCUGUCAAAUUGUUCAUCUUCUUCUUCUGGAGGGUUUGAUUUAGGCAUAGUCGAGAAUGGAAAAGGUGAAGCAGAGAAGCGGAGGAGGAUUAUAGUAGUGGAAGAGGAUGAGUCUUAUGGCGGAAGUGGAUCUCUUAGUUUAAAGCUUGGGGGCCAUGCUUUUCCAGUCAUGGAGGCUGACCUUGCAAAUGGAAAUAAGAGCAAACCACAAGGUGGCAGUUCGAGUCAUCCAACUUGCCAGGUCGAAGGCUGUGGUGCUGACCUCAGUGAUUCAAAGGACUACCAUAGGCGACACAAGGUCUGUGAGAUGCAUGCGAAGGCCAGCUCAGCAGUUGUCAGAAAUGCUAUCCAGCGGUUCUGCCAGCAAUGUAGUAGAUUUCAUCUUCUUGAAGAGUUUGAUGAAGGGAAAAGAAGUUGUCGACGACGCUUGGCUGGUCACAACAGACGGAGGAGGAAAACACAUCCUGAUGUCAUUGUGAAUGGGAAUUCUUCUAUUAAUGAACAGGCUAGCGGUUACUUAUUGAUGAGUUUACUCAGGGUCCUAUCCAAUUUGCAAUCUGAUAACUCUGAGCCACCACAAGACCAGGAGCUCUUGACUCAUUUUCUAAGGAACCUUGCCAGCCUUGCUAAGUCCUUUGAUCCCAGUAACCUUUCUCAACUCCUACAGGCAUCUCAGGAUCCACAAAAGUUUGUAACGGCUGCUGGAACAUCCUCAGAAGCUGUUAUUACGUCUGUUCCAAAUGGUGUUCCCGAGCAAGUAUCUGGCGGUCCCUUAUGUUUGACAGAUAAAAUAAAUUGCAACCCCGGUACUUGUGGUAGGCAAACUGAUCAUAGUACAAUUGACAUACCCUCAAAUGGAAUGAUAGUUUCUGCAGAACCAGUCAUUGAUGGAGUCAGAAUUAAGGACUUUGAUUUGAACAAUACCUAUAGCGAGACACAAGAUUGUGAAGAAGGAAGAGAGAAGCCAGCAACUCCCUUGUGUACUGAGAUGAGUUCUCCUAAUUGCCCUUCAUGUUUAGUGCAGGAUUCUCAUCACUCAAGUCCACCUCAGAGUAUUGGCAAUUCAGAUUCGACAUCCAACCAAUCACAGUCUAGUUCCCAUGAAGAUGCUCGGUGUCGAACUGAUAGGAUCAUUUUCAAACUCUUCGGCAAAGACCCUACCGAUCUUCCUCUCAUUUUGAGAACACAGAUUCUUGACUGGUUAUCCAAUAGUCCAACAGAUAUAGAGAGCUACAUUAGGCCAGGCUGUAUAAUUCUGACAAUAUACCUUUGCCAAGCUGAGUCUGCUUGGGUACAGCUCUACGAUGAUUUAAGCUCCAACCUAAAUAGGCUUUUGCAUAACUCCUCUGACGAUCUCUGGACGACAGGAUGGAUUUUUGCUAUGGUACAAGAUCGUGCGGCUUUUAUUUAUGAUGGUCAGGUUGUGCUAGACAUACCUUUACAUAUCAAACAUCCCAACCACUGUAAGAUUUUGUCUGUCACACCUAUUGCUGUUUCUCAUUCUACAAAGGUCAAGUUUACUGUGAAGGGCUUUAAUCUUUCUCAACCAACAUCUAGGUUACUAUGUUCGUUUGAUGGGAAAUACUUGGUCCAGGAGACAUCACAAAGUUUAGUUGAAGCGGCAAAUAGCAGUGGUGGGCAAGAGUUGUCUCAAUGCCUUAGCUUUUCUUGUUUGCUACCUGAUGUCAUGGGGAGAGGAUUUAUCGAGUUUGAAGACUGUGGCCUUAGUAAUGGGUUCCUCCCCUUCAUAAUCGCGGAGGAAGAUGUAUGCUCUGAGAUCCGUAUGCUGGAGAAUGCGAUAGAUGUAGCUUCAUGUGAUGACCAAUUUCAUGAAAGAACAAAUGCAGAAAUUGCCAGAAAUCAAGCUCUGGACUUUAUAAAUGAAUUUGGGUGGCUUCUCCGGAGGAAUCAUAUGAUAUCUAUUUCUCGAGAAUCUAAAUUUUCACCAAGUAUCUUUACCCUGACACGGUUCAGGUGGCUUAUGUCAUUCGCUAUGAAUAGGGAGUGGUCUGCAGUUGUGAAAAAACUUCUUGAUAUUUUAUUUAGUGGAACGGUAGAUGCAGGCAGGCAAUCACCCAUGGAGCUUGCCUUGGCUGAAAAUUUGCUUCACAGUGCUGUACAAAUGAAAUCCAAGGCCUUGGUUGAGCUUCUUUUGAGAUAUGUACCCAACAGAACUUCAAAGGAUACGGAUCCAGAUCGAUUCUUGUUUAGACCUGACAUGCUUGGCCCCUCAGGCAUCACUCCACUGCAUAUUGCAGCUUCCACUGAUGAUGCUGAGAACAUAUUGGAUGCCCUUACCGAUGAUCCUGGACAGCUGGGAAUUAGGGCAUGGAAGAGCGCACAAGACAGUACUGGAUUCACUCCUGAAGGCUAUGCCCUUGCUCAGGGCCAUGAUUCAUACGUAAGAUUGGUUCAGAAUAAAAUCGAUAAGCAAAGCAGCCCGAGUCAAGUGGUCCUCAACGUCUCCGGAGAUGCCUCCGAUAAGCUAGUAGAUGCACUAAAAUCCAGUAAACCAAGUGUUUCUGAGAUAAGCAGGAUCUGGUUGAGCACAAAACCGCAACCCUACUGCAACAGGUGCAGCCAACAGCUGGUUUACCCAAACUCCGUGGCAAGGACUAUGCUGUAUAGACCAGUAAUGCUGUCCCUGGUGGGUAUCGCGGCCGUCUGUGUCUGUGUCGGACUGCUAUUUAAGACUCCACCGCAAGUGUUCUUUGUGUGCCCCUCAUUCAGGUGGGAAUUGUUGGACUAUGGCUUCAUCUGAAGUGUAACGAGUGCGCCAUGCUACCGAGUUUGGGGUCAUAGACAUUUAAGGUUUUUACCGUCUGGGAUAUACAUCUGUAAUGACCAUCAGUCAUAUGUUGUUCUGUUAUAUAGUGGAAACAGUGUAUUCUUUGCAUCGGACUAAUCUGUUAUGCCCAUCCGUCA